AUGCGGACCACCAUCUGGGCCCUGCUGGGCCUGGGUGUUGUGCUACCCCAGGCCCUGGCCACGGACACCCUGAGCACCUCGGGAUUCAAUCUGUGCAUGCAGGACUCGGACAUUGAAGUGCAAAAACUCGAUGUCUCCUAUACUAAAUCAACCAAACUAGUGGUCUUCGAUGUGGCUGGUACCAACUCGAAGGAACAAAAUGUUACUGCUACCCUGACGGUGACGGCAUAUGGCACGCAAGUUUUUGCAAAAACGUUCAACCCGUGUGGUAGUGAGAUCCACGUUUCGGAGCUCUGUCCUGUCCCAUCGGGUCACUUCGCCGCCAGUGGUGAAAUGAACGUCCCCGACGAAUAUGCGAGCCAGAUUCCCUCAAUCGCAUUCAGCAUCCCCGAUUUGGAUGGCCAGGCCAAGCUGACUCUUACUUCGAAUGGCAAGGACGUGGCCUGUGUAGAGUCUCAACUUUCCAAUGGCAAAUCCGCCAGCGUCAAGGGUGUCGCGUGGGCGUCGGCUGGUAUCGCAGCGGGUGCGCUGGCCUUGAGUGGUCUCUCUGCUCUUGGUAGCGCUGGAAGCACUGGUGCACCCUCCUCCUCCCCAUCGGCCGGUGACGUGAUGGGAUGGUUUGGCUCCAUGGCCAUGAAUGGCAUGUUGAGUGUUAACCAUCCGGCCGUGUACAAGAGUUUCACCAAGAACUUUGCCUGGAGCACUGGGUUGAUCCCGUGGUCCAGCAUGCAGAACUCAAUUGAUGCCUUCCGAAAGGCUACCGGUGGAAACACGACCCACAACAGCUAUAUCUACCUCACCGGCCUGAGCACCGCGUCGGCGUCGAAUGGAAACUCCUCUUCCAAGCGUGGCCUGGAUUUUGUAUAUCACACAGCAAGUUUAUUGGCGCGGUCGAUGGAGGUAUCGGAAUCCUCCAACAACAGCUCGAGCUCCAACUCCACCUCCAGCAGCUCCUCGGGACUUACUGACUGCGGUUCCUUGAAUUUCUCUACCCUCAAGUGCUACGGAGAGGAGGUCAUGAUCCCCUCGGCAAACAUCUUCAUGACCGUUUUACUGGUCUUCGCCAUCGUUGUUGCUGUCAUUGUCGUCGGUAUCCUUCUGCUCAAGGUUAUCCUGGAAUUGUGGGCGCUCUACGGCAACUUCCCCAAGAAGCUCUCCGACUUCCGGGACGAUUACUGGGGAAUCAUGGCACGCACCAUCACCAACAUGAUUCUCGUCCUGUACAGCAUCUGGGUUCUGUACUGUGUGUACCAACUGCGAAAUGGUGACUCGUGGGCUGCCAGGGUGCUAGCUGCCGUGACCUUGGCCGUAUUCACUGCCCUUCUGGCCUUCUUCGCCUGGCGUAUCGUUUACCUGGCUCGCAAGUACAAAAAGGCCGAGGGUGACACCACUGGCCUGUACGAGAACAAGGAAACCUGGCGCAAGUACAGUCUGUUCUACGACAGCUACAAGAAAGAUCUGUGGUGGCUGUUCAUCCCGGUGAUUGUGUACGCCCUUGCCAAGGGAUGCAUUAUUGCUGGUGCCGAAGGCCACGGCAUGGUCCAGACCAUUGGCCAGCUGGUUAUUGAAUGCUGCAUGUUGGGUUUGCUACUGUGGAACCGGCCCUAUGCGACCAAGUCCUCGAUGGGAAUCAACAUGACGAUUCAAAUCGUGCGAGUCCUCUCCGUCGCCUGUGUGCUGGUCUUUGUCGAGGAACUUGGUCUCUCUCAGACCACCAAGACCGUGACUGGUAUUGUACUCAUUGUCGUUCAAUCCGGUCUGACCGGCGUUCUCGCCAUCCUGAUUGCAAUCAACGCUCUCAUCAUUUGCAUUCGGGAGAACCCCCACGCCAGGAAGCUCCGCGAAGCCGAAAACGCCAACAAGGAUCUGGACGAUCUCACUCCACUCGAUGCACGCGAGUCCCUUCUGAUCGACCACCCGCCCAGGCGCGACUUUACCCAGAUGAGCAAGUUCAACUUCAACGCACCCUACGAGCCGUACCGGGACCACCCACUUCACCGAUCCAACUCAAAUGGUAGCAACGACCGCCUGGUGUAUGCCGACUAUGGUGUCGCUCAUGACCGCAGCCACAGCCAAGAAUCCCGGUCUUCGCUAGAGGGCCGGAAGCCAACCGCCCCCGGUUACGGCAUGGCCUACUAA